AUGGGUGACGAAACAUCAGGCUCGGCGGAGACGGCCGGCAAGUCGCGACCCCUGUCCUCCGACCCGUCGGCCGACCCGAGCGGCCCGUCUGCGACGGCAGAAGAACCGUCCGGCCAGGAGAAGCAAUCCGGCUCGGAUCCGGCAGCGCAGGCGGAGGAGACGGCCGAAUACGCGCCGUUGAAAGUCAACAACUCCGAGACCGACGGGCCGCCGCUCGAGAGGAAGCGCACGAUCCAGUCCGACGAUGACCUGUUCCGGGUCCUAUCCCGGCGUCGCACCAAUGCCACCUCCGGUUCGGCCGAGGAUCGGGCGGGAGAGUCGCAGGAGAUUGAGCGGCUCAUGUCUCGACUCUUCGGCAAGGCUCGACAGGAGCAGAGCGAGGACGAGAACACGCGACACAGCGGCGUCGUCUUCCGGAACCUCACCGUCAAGGGCGUCGGUCUCGGCGCCAGCCUGCAGCCGACGGUCGGCGACAUAUUCCUCGGCCUCCCGAGGAAGCUGAGGAGCCUCUUCACCAAGGGCGAAAAGACGUCGUCGAAGCCGCCGGUACGCGAGCUCAUCAGCAACUUUGACGGAUGCGUCCGGCCAGGCGAGCUGCUCCUCGUCCUCGGCCGGCCCGGCUCCGGCUGCACGACCUUCCUCAAGUCCUUUUGCAACCAACGGUCCGGGUUCGAGGCGGUCGAAGGCGACGUCAUGUACGGCGGAACCGACGCGGCCGAGAUGGGCAGACGCUUCCGCGGCGAGGUCAUCUACAACCCCGAGGACGACCUUCACUACGCCACCCUCACAGUGAGACGGACGCUCCGGUUCGCGCUCCAGACGCGCACGCCCGACAAGAAGUCGCGGCUCCAGAACGAGUCUCGACAGGACUACGUGCGCGAGUUCCUCAAGGUCGUCACCAAGCUGUUCUGGAUCGAGCACACGCUCGGCACCAAGGUCGGCGACGAGUUCAUCCGCGGCGUCUCCGGCGGCGAGCGGAAACGGGUCAGCAUCGCCGAGGCCAUGAUCACGCGCGCCUCCGUCCAGGGCUGGGACAACUCCAGCAAGGGUCUCGAUGCCAGCACGGCCCUCGAGUACGUGCGCUCCAUCCGCGCCAUGACCAACAUGGCCGACGUGUCGACGGCCGUGUCGCUGUACCAGGCGGGCGAGUCGCUCUACCAGCUCGUCGACAAGGUCCUCCUCAUCGACGGCGGCAAGUGUCUGUACUUUGGCCCUGCCGAGAACGCGAAGCAGUACUUCCUCGACCUCGGCUUCGACUGCCCUGAACGAUGGACGACGGCCGACUUCCUCACGUCGGUCAGCGACGAGCACGAGCGAAGCAUCCGCGAGGGCUGGGACGAUCGCAUCCCUCGGUCGCCCGACGAAUUCUCCGAGGCGUACCGGAAGAGCGACGUGUACGCCAAGAACAUCUCCGACAUCGAGUCGUUCGAGGCAGAGGUCGAAGAAAAGGUUCGCGCCCGGGCCGAGGAUCUGAAGAAGACGGCGGAGAAGAACUACACGCUUCCGUUCCACCAGCAGGUCCUCGCCUGCACGAAGCGCCAGUUCCUCGUCAUGCUUGGCGACAAGGCCUCGCUCUUCGGAAAAUGGGGCGGCCUCAUCUUCCAGGGUCUCAUCGUCGGAAGUUCCUUUUACAACAUACCGCUGACGGCCGUCGGCGUCUUCCCCCGAGGCGGCGCCCUCUUCCUCCUUCUCUUGUUCAACGCGCUGCUCGCGCUCGCCGAGAUGACGGCGGCCUUUUCGUCGAAGCCGAUCCUGCUCAAGCACAAGUCGUUUUCCUUCUACCGGCCCUCGGCCUUUGCCCUCGCCCAGACGGUCGUCGACAUACCGCUGGUCCUGAUACAGGUCCUCAUCUUCGCCAUCAUCAUCUACUUCAUGGCCAACCUGGCGCGGACGGCAUCGCAAUUCUUCAUCGCCGUCCUGAUCCUCUGGCUCGUGACCAUGACGACGUACGCGUUCUUCCGUGCUAUCGCCUCCUUCUGCCGCACCAUCGACGUCGCCACCCGCUUCACCGGCAUAUCGGUCCAGAUCCUCAUCGUCUACACCGGCUACCUGAUCCCGCCGACGUCGAUGCACCCCUGGUUCAGCUGGCUGCGGUACAUCAACUGGAUCCAGUACGGUUUCGAGGCGCUCAUGGCGAACGAGUUUAGCGACGCGGACAUCAUCUGCGUGCCUCCCUAUCUCGUCCCCCAGGGACCGCAGGCGGCGCCCGAGUUUCAAUCCUGCGCCCUGCGCGGCAGCGUCGAAGGGCAAACCAUCGUGCAAGGCUCGGCCUACAUCGAGUCGGCCUUUGGGUACAGCCGAGCCCAUCUUUGGCGAAACUUUGGCUUCCUGUGGGCGUUCUUCCUCGCCUUCGUCUUCCUCACAGCCCUCGGCAUGGAGCUCAUGAAGGCCAACGCCGGCGGAGGCGCCAUCACCGUCUUCAAACGAGGCCAAGUGCCCAAGAGCGUCGAGGCAGCCAUCAAGACCGGAGGGCGCGGGAAGAAGGGUGACGAAGAGGAGACGAGCACCCCGGAACCGGCCGCGCCGGCCAUGCUCGAGGAGGACCAGACGGAUGCCGACUCGGGCGACAACCUGAAGCAGAUUGCCAAGAACGAGGCCGUCUUUACCUUUCGGAACAUCAACUACACGAUACCGUACGAGAACGGGGAGCGACGCCUCCUGCAGGACGUUCAGGGAUUCGUCCGACCGGGCAAGCUGACCGCUCUCAUGGGUGCUUCCGGGGCCGGAAAAACGACGCUGCUCAACGCGCUCGCGCAACGCAUCAAGUUUGGCACCAUCACCGGCGACUUCCUCGUCGACGGCCGGCCGCUGCCCAAGUCGUUCCAGAGGGCCACCGGUUUCGCCGAGCAGAUGGACAUUCACGAGCCAACGGCGACGGUCCGGGAGGCGCUUCAGUUCUCCGCCCUCCUGCGCCAGCCGCGCGAGACGCCGAAGAAGGAAAAGCUCGCGUACUGCGAGGCCAUCAUCGACCUCCUCGAGAUGAGAAGCAUCGCCGGCGCCACCAUCGGCAGGGUCGGCGAGGGCCUGAACCAGGAGCAGCGCAAGAGGCUGACCAUCGGCGUCGAGCUCGCCUCCAAGCCGGAGCUGCUCAUGUUCCUGGACGAGCCGACGAGCGGCCUCGACUCGGGCGCCGCCUUCAACAUCGUUCGCUUCCUGCGAAAGCUGGCCGACGCCGGGCAGGCCGUCCUGUGCACCAUCCACCAGCCCUCGGCCGUCCUGUUCGAGUACUUUGACGAGCUCGUCCUCCUCAAGUCUGGCGGACGGGUCGUCUACCAUGGCCCGUUGGGAAAGGACAGCCAGGAUCUGAUCCAGUACUUUCGCUCCCACGGCGCGCAUUCCUGCCCGCCGGACGUCAAUCCCGCCGAGUACAUGCUCGAAGCCAUCGGCGCCGGAGACCCGAACUAUAAGGGCAAGGACUGGGGAGACGUGUGGGCCGCGUCAGAGGAGCACGAGGCGCGUGCCCGCGAGAUCGACGACUUGAUCUCGAAGCGGCGGCAGGUCGAGCCGUCGAGGCAGAUGCAAGACGACCGCGAGUACGCGGCGUCCAUGUCGACGCAGCUGUCCAUCGUCGUGAGGCGGGCCUUUGUGGCAUACUGGCGCACGCCGGGAUACAUCAUCGGCAAGUUUAUGCUCCACAUCCUGACGGGGCUCUUCAACUGCUUCACCUUUUGGCGGCUCGGUUAUUCGGUCAUCGAUUACCAGAAUCGGCUCUUCUCCAUCUUCAUGACCCUGACCAUCUCGCCGCCGCUGAUCCAGCAGCUGCAGCCCGUCUUCCUCAACUCGCGCAACAUCUUCCAGUCGCGCGAGAACAGCGCCAAGAUAUACUCGUGGGUCGCCUGGGUCACGGCGGCGACGGUCGUCGAGAUACCGUACGCCAUCGUCGCCGGCAGCAUCUACUUUUGCUGCUGGUGGUGGGGGAUCUUUGGCACGCGCGUCUCGAGCUUCGCCUCGGGCUUCGCCUAUCUGCUCGUCCUCUUGUUCGAGCUCUACUACGUCAGCUUCGGGCAGGGGAUCGCGGCGUUUGCACCCAACGAGCUCUUGGCCUCGCUCCUGGUCCCCGUCUUCUUCCUGUUCGUCAUCGCCUUUUGCGGCGUCGUCGUGCCGCCCGACGCGCUGCCGUACUUUUGGCGCAGCUGGAUGUAUUGGCUGUCGCCCUUCCACUACCUGUUCGAGGCUUUCCUCGGCGUCGUCAUCCACGACCAGCCGGUCGAGUGCUUGGACGACGAGUUUGCCACGUUCCAGCCGCCGUCCAACCUGACGUGCGACGAGUACGUCGAUCCGUACAUUGCCACCAUGGGUGGCUCGGUGGAAACGAGCGUCGAGGGAGUGUGCGAGUACUGCCAGUAUGCCACGGGCGACGAGUUUGGCGUCGGAUUCAGCGUCUACUACGACAACAUCUGGCGGGAUUUCGGCAUCUUUUGCGGCUUCAUCGUCUUCAACUAUGCCGUCAUAUACUUUGCCACAUGGAUGCGGUACGGAUACCGAGGCGGGAAUCCAUUCAAGCUGAUCCUGGCCAAGGUGCGGAAGCCAAAGAAGGCCGCGAGCUGA